GCCCGGGCGCUGGGGGCCGCAGUGGAACGGGGCGUCCCCGCGACAGAGGCCGGGUUGGUAUCCAGGAUGAAUGACAACCUGUUUGUCAGUUUGGACAGACUUCUGCUAGAAUUUGUUUUCCAGUAUGAGCAAGACCUAAGUACCAAAGAAGAUGUGAUUCAAAGAAUUAAUAAAUGUGUUGAAGAUAUUAAAGAAAACAGAGCAAUUAUUUGUAAGAUACAUGAAACCAUAAAUACAACAGAUGAAGAAAUUGACUAUUACUGUAAACAUAGUAAGGAGAUCAAAAACAACUGUAGUGACUGGAAGCCAACAUGUGAUGUUUUUCAUAAGCAUGAAGAUUACAUGCAGGACCAAUUUACUGUCUGUCAAGAAACUGUUGAGAAAGACAAAGAAAUGUAUCAUGGUUAUAUAUGUCAGUAUAAAGAUGUUUUGAAGCAAUACGAACUAAAAUAUUCAGAAGCUCCCUAUUCACAUGAAUAUUAUGAGAAGAAAAGAGAACAUGAAGAAAUUAAAAGCAGAGUGUUGGCAUGUUCUGAACAACUAAAAAUCAAUGAAAAUAUUCUCAUGGAAUUUCUAGUGCCUGCUCCCUUUCCAUCACUUAAUAAAUGGACAUUACACAUAGUUAAUUUGAGAUGUAAAACACAAGAAAUUCUUAAACAUGCCAACAGUUUUACCAGAAGUUCAUCUGAAUUGAAGAAAGAAGCAGAAAAAAUGGAAAUAGAAAUCAAUUACUUAAAUCAGAUUGCGAGACUCUAUGAAACUAAGAAUCUUUCAGAAACUCUGGAAGAAAAGAACAAAAGUACUGAAAAGAGAAAGGAGUUGAAAGAAAGAAUUUUUGAAAAAGAUGAGCAUGUGCUUGUAUUGAAUAAAACCCCUCAAAGUACUAAAUUAUUUCUUCCUUAUGAAUCUCAGAACUUAGUAAGACCAAUAAAGAUACAUUCUUCAGAACCAAGAGUUACAGAUAAAAAAGAAGAAAGUUCUGUGAAGUGGUCAAAGCUUGCCAAUAUUGACUUCAGACAAAAAGAAAAUGAUACACAGAUACUUAAUGACUCUGGUAUAAAUAACCAUUCAAAAAGUUCACAAAAUCUAAUGCAAUUCAGGUUGUUAACUCCACAGAAACAAUCAAAUUGUAAUCAGUGGUUUGAAAAAGGACAUACAGAUGCUGAGUGUGGAGAUAAAGGGACAGUGAGACCUUUAAGAGAAUCAAAAUGUACUUCACAGGCUAUCUACGCAGAACAUUUCGGAAAGACAAUAGAAAAUAAUAGUGAUGAAGUAGAAGAAAGAACUGAGAAUUUUCCACAAACUCCUGAAAUUUCUGUAUUUUUAAGAACUCCUGAAGCUGUAAAAACACCUGAAUCUUUGGAGAAAAUGCAGUUUCCUAAAACCCCAUCAUUUGAAAUUAACAGAAAUAGAAAUGCAAUACCUGAAGGUCAAACAGAAAAGGGAUCUCCUGGAUUUUCUUUUCUUAUGAGUUAUACUUCUAGAUCACCUGGAUUGAAUUUAUUUGAUUCUUCUAUAUUUGAUUCAGAAAUCUCAUCAGAUCAGUUUAAUGAACAUUAUUCUGCAGGAAAUCUAAAUCCUGUUUCAUCACAACAAGAAAUUGGAAACUUAUUUAGGAAGCCAGAAGUAGAAGAUGCCUUUACAUUUUCUUUUCCGUCCGACACUUCAACUCAUACAUUUGGAGCUAGGAAAGAUGAUUUUAAUUUUCCAUUUUCAUUUGAACAGGAUCAAAACUCAAUACCUUCUUCUUCCUCUCAAAAUACAGGACAGUUUACUUUUUUUUUGAACUACCUGGGAUACACAGUGCGCUCCCCAGAAAGACUUGAGUCCGAUGUCAGUCGCUCUGGUGAAUGUGAUAGCAAGGGCCUUGUUCUUGGUGCUGAGGGAGACACGGGUGGAUGCCCCCUUGUCCUACUGGCAAGCCUGAGUGAUUCUGGUGCUUGUGGAACCAACUUCUGUGGCCCUAGGACUGUGUGA